GCUGCAAAAAGUCAUGUUGCUCCACUGAAGGCUAUCAGUGUCCCGCGACUAGAGUUGAUGGCAGCGGUUCUUGGGGUGAAACUUCUGCUUGCUAUUGCAAAAGGCCUAGAAAUGUCACCUUAUGAUGCUAGGAUCUGGUCCGAUAGCAUGAACGUGUUGUGGUGGAUAAAAAGCCACAGUAGAAGCUUUAAGCCAUUUGUGGCAAAUCGGGUUGGUUUUAUACAAGAAGUGACAAAACCCAGCCAAUGGAUGCAUGUACCAACUAAGUUGAAUACAGCAGACAUACUUACAAAAGGUUGUAAACCUGAAACACUUGGUACAAAAGCAUGGCUACAAGGUCCUGAGUUUUUAAAACUUGAUGUAAGCCAAUGGCCAAAACAGGAUAUGAGAAGGAAAGAAGAACUGGACCUAGAAGAGAUUGAAGGAGCUGAAAGAAAACUAAUUUCAGAAGAUCAAAAGGAAGCAUUUCCUAAAGAGUAUUGGGCACUGUACCAUGACAGCAGAAUACCACCUAAGAGUAAACUCAUAGGAUUACAGCCUUUUCUGGAUGAAACAGGAGUGAUGAGAUUAAAUGGCAGACUGAGGUUUGCAGAAGUCCUGUCCUGGGAAGCAAGGUUUCCUAUUAUUCUUCCCAGAAAAAGCCCAGUGACAAAGUUGAUAGUUAAACAUCAUCAUGAAAUGUGUCACCACAUGGGAACAAAUACCACAUUAGCUUCAUUGUCUUCCAAGUUCUGGAUAAUAUCCUCAAGGGAGGAAAUUCGUGAAUGGGAAAAUGCAUGUUCUUGGUGCAAAAAACAAAAAGCAAAGCCAGCACAACAACUCAUGGGCAAUCUUCCAAAGGUGAGAGUAGUUUGUUCAAUGAGAGCAUUUGUUCAAGCGGGGGUAGAUUUCGCUGGUCCAUUUCUUACUGUACAGGGUCGAGGUAAAAGCCGUCAAAAGCGUUACCUGUGCCUGUUCACAUGCCUAGCUACACGCGCUGUACAUUUAGAAAUCGCUUUUGGACUAGACACAAAUUCGUUCUUGAAUGCUCUCUUCCGCAUGGCACACAGAAGGGGAAUGCCCAAAGAGAUCAUAUCGGACAACGGGACGAAUUUCGUUGGAGCUGUGAAAGAGCUUAAAGAGCUGGUGACUUCAUUAGAUUCUGACAUCACAAAAUCGAAAUUGGCAAACAGAGGCAUUGUAUGGAGAUUUAAUCCUCCAAAUGCUCCUCACUUCGGAGGAGUAUUCGAAUCGAUGGUCAAGUCAGCUAAACGGGCUAUUUAUGCUGUCCUCAGCUCAAGUGAUGUCACCGAUGAAGAACUGAUGACUGCUUUUACUGGGGCCGAAGCUCUGUUGAAUUCAAGACCACUCACAUAUCAGAGUGCCCACACACAGGAUGAUGUUCCGCUCACACCAAACCACUUUCUACAUGGGCAGCUUGGUGGAGACUUCGCUCCAGAAAUAGAUUCUACUUCCUUUUCUCCCCAGAAGCGUUGGCGGAGGAUCCAGGAACUCAUCAGGCAUAUCUGGAGGAGAUGGAUGAGAGAGUGGCUUCCAACGUUGAAUGUCCGAAAAAAGUGGGUCACGUCAUCAAGAGACUUCCAAGUUGAUGAUGUGGUGAUUGUCGUAUCACAAGAUAAUCCAAGAGGAACUUGGCCAAUGGGAAGGAUAUUGAAAACUUACCCAGGCAAAGAUGGCCAUGUUAGAGUUGUAGAUGUUAAAGUUGGAGGGUCGAGAUUGACUCGACCAGUUACAAAGAUCUGUCCUCUCGAAUAUCGAGACUGAACAAGAACCAGUUGUUCAAGGUUGUAAAUAGUGCUGCUGUUUUCAUUGACUAGUCAUUGUUGUAAAUAAGUUAGGUUUUUUUUUGUAGUUUGUCAACUGCGUAUUGUUCCAAAUAGAUGAUAGACAGGGGUCUAUCAUGGAAGGGGGCAUGUUCUGAAGCGUCCGGGAACAAUUGUCCGGGAACAAGUUUCAUGUUCCUGGACACAGUGGUUGACGCAUUGGUACACAACAGCUUCGCGGAAAGCGUUAAAGUUGGCAUGCAGCACGUGCUUCUUGUUGGAUGAGGGCAAAAUGCGCAUGCUCUAGAAACAGAUUAUUUCAGUUGUCUUCUGGCAUUCAUAUGGGCAAGGAGUAAAUGGAUAUCUCUCUCUAAGUUAGCAAAUAGUGAAUUAGAAUAUUACAGAAAUAGAAUAGAACAGAAUAGAAAUAGUUGAGAGAGUUACCCAUUUACAUUGUUACCAUACGGCAACUUCACUUUUAGUUUAAAAUCCAUUUCAUUUGAU